ACAGAUCGCAAACUAAAACUAAUAAUACUCUUCUUCAACGAUCAUCAUCAUCAUGGCAAGAUCCUUGCUUCUCUCGCUAACCGUGGCUAUCCUCUUCAUCGGAGUGGUCUCAGCUCGUGACUGGAACAUCUUGAACCAGCUCAAAGGAACCACAACCACAACAAAGACUAGCGAAACCGCGGUCGCAUCUUCUUUGAAAGGACCGAACCUAAACGGAUACUGCGAGAGCUGGAGAAUCAACGUGGAGCUUCACAACAUAAGAGACUUUUUGGUUGUGCCACAAGAAUGUGUGUGGUUCGUCCAAAAGUACAUGACCUCGUCUCAAUACGAGGAUGAUGUGGAGAGAGCCGUUGAUGCAGCUAUCCUUUACCUUGGGAAAACUUGUUGCGAGAAGAAGAAGUGUGAUGGCAUGGAUGCUUGGAUCUUUGACAUUGAUGAUACUCUUCUCUCUACCAUCCCUUACCAUAAGAGCAACGGCUGUUUCGGCGGUGAGCAACUUAACACGACCAAGUUCGAGGAAUGGCAAAGUUGGGGCAAAGCACCAGCCGUUCCAAACAUGGUGAAGCUGUUCCAUGAGAUCAGAGAGAGAGGUUUCAAGAUCUUUUUAAUAUCUUCUCGUAAAGAGUAUCUCCGAUCCGCCACCGUCGAAAACCUCAUCGAAGCCGGUUACCACGGCUGGUCUAACCUCCUUCUCAGGGGAGAAGCAGAUGAGAAGAAGAGUGUGAGCCAAUACAAAGCAGAUUUGAGGACAUGGCUUUCAAGUCUUGGUUACAGAGUUUGGGGAGUGAUGGGUGCACAAUGGAACAGCUUCGCAGGUUGUCCAGUUCCCAAGAGAACCUUCAAGCUCCCUAACUCCAUCUACUAUGUCGCAUAAUCAAAACCAUUCUUAUUGUCCUAACCAAAAACAAUAAGAUCAGAGUUAACUCUGAUUCUUGAGUCUUUCUUUUAUGUCUCUUCCAUGAUCAAAUGCUUAUGAUCUCAUGAACCAUGAUCAUCUUUGUUUGUCUUCUUUUUUUGGUAUUACCAUUAUGGGCCUUUGUGAAAUUGAUUUUGGGCUUUUGUUA